GAUCGGUGAACUCGAUUGAGUCGAAGAUCGACAAAGAUGGGGUAGAAAAAUACCAAGAAAGUGAAACAAAUCAUCGAGAAAGCUCGCGGCGAAAGCAAGCUCGGGUGUCACUUUUCAUCAUCUGGGGAGGAGUUGCAACAGCACCAACAUUUCCUAAAGCUUGAGAGCAUCGUUUACUGCAAAUCCAAGAAAGCGUGGUCUCCGAUUUCUUCGGAUGUGAGGGUGAGGGAGGAGAAGAGAGGAGAGGAGAGGAGAGGAGAGGAGGGUCUAGUAAUGAGUUGGAAGAGCAGAGGAGGAGAGAAGACUGUGUCGAGGAGAUGGACCCUUUUGCUUUGCGUGGGCAGCUUCUUCACAGGGCUUGUCUUCACCAACAGGAUGUGGAUGGUGCCUGAUGCAAAAGAUAUCAUCAGAACAAGCAAGUCCAAGGAACAUAGAAAAGAGGUCAUUACAGAAAGAUACUAUCCAAAAUUAAUGGACCAGAAGGAAGAGGCCAGAAAAAUUCUGGGGGAGAACUCAACAACUGAUGAGGAUCUCCAGUUGCUAAAUAAAACAAUAUCAAACUUAGAGAUGGAGUUAGCAGCUGCAAGGAUGGCACAAGAAUCUUUGCUCAAGCGUUCUCCAUUAGCUGAAGAGCCAAAGGCUAUUAACACCAGUAGAAGACACAAAUAUUUUAUGGUCAUAGGAAUCAAUACUGCUUUUAAUAGCCGUAAGAGAAGAGAUUCUGUUCGUGCUACUUGGAUGCCUCAAGGUGAAAAAAGAAAGAAACUUGAAGAAGAGAAGGGCAUUGUCAUCCGUUUUGUUAUUGGUCACGGUGCCACAUCUGGUGGAAUUCUGGAUAGAACAAUUGAGGCUGAGGACAGAAAACAUGGUGAUUUCUUGAGGCUGAAUCAUGUAGAAGGAUAUCUGGAAUUAUCAGCCAAAACAAGAACAUAUUUUGCUACUGCAGUUUCUUUGUGGGAUGCAAACUUCUAUGUUAAAGUUGAUGAUGAUGUUCAUGUAAAUAUAGCAACGCUGGGGACUACUUUAGCAAGGCAUCGAUUGAAACCACGAGUAUAUAUUGGAUGCAUGAAGUGUGGCCCUGUUCUUGCCCGGAAGGGGGUGAAAUAUCAUGAACCUGAACAUUGGAAGUUUGGAGGGGUAGGCAACAAGUACUUCCGACAUGCUACUGGUCAAUUAUAUGCCAUUUCGAAUGAAUUGGCAACCUAUAUAUCCAUAAACCAGCAUAUACUACACAAAUAUGCAAACGAGGAUGUGUCACUAGGAUCAUGGUUUAUAGGAUUAGAUGUUGAGCACAUCGAUGACCGCAAACUAUGCUGCGGUACCCCACCUGAUUGCGAGGGGAAGGCCCGGGCAGGCAACACCUGCGUUGCCUCAUUUGAUUGGAACUGCAGUGGUAUCUGCGAUUCCGUCGAUAGAAUCAAAGAAGUUCAUCGACGAUGUGGCGAAAAUGAAAGUGCUAUCUGGAAUGCAGUUUUCUAACCGAUGCAUCUUCUUUUAAUUAGGUGGAUGGGCUACUACACUAUUGUGACAAUGUAUCAUCAUGGAAUGUAAGUUCACAGGGAAAUUAUAGCGGAGUAGAUUUUGGAAAUGGCUGUCUUCAUUUUACCAGAGGAAGCCAUGGGUUGGGCGAAUGGGUCUUUGUGGGACAUUCUUUACAAUGUCAUUGCCUAUCUAAUCUCAUAUGAAUGGUUUUGAUGUAGAGAAAUAAAUGCAUAAUUGGAUGCAAAAUUAUUUUUA